AUGAGCUCGAACUUCAGCCUCAAACGCAUUGGCGAUGCCUUGUCGGCCAUUGGUUUAUUCACAGGACUCAUUAUAUCAGCCUGGAAGGGCAUGUGCGUGAUCACAGGCUCGUCAUAUCCAAUCAUGGUGGUUUCGUCGGAGUCGAUGGAGCCAGUAUUCUACCGAGGCGAUCUAAUCCUGCUAUGGAAUAAUGCACGAGAAGUCAAUGUGGGAGAUAUUUCGGUGGUAGGGUUUUUUGGGCGUCGUCUGCCAAUGGUCCAUCGAGCUAUCGAAGUCCUCAACGGAUCCGAUAAUGGGAAAGAAGGCAUUCUAAGGGCGAUAACUGUCCAUUCGACGACAGAUUCUUUUAUCCAGUGGGGGCGAUCGUACGUCCAUCGAGAAGAGAUCAUCGGUUUGGUCUGGAUCCAUGUGCCCUACAUCGGGAGAGUCGCCCUGGCACUAAGGGAGAACCCGAUAUUAUUCCUGUAUCCCGGAGUGGCUACCUUGGUGGUUGUGGGCCUUUGCGGCUAG